AUCUUGCAGAUGGCGGAGCCGGACAUGGAGCGCUGCGGUUAGCACAUAUUCCUCUUGAUUUCCAAAUGAAAAAAAACAUUUAAGUAACUAAUAUCCAAAGCGUGGCCACUAAAAACUGAUGUUUUAUUAUGUAUCGUCCUCACACAAAACUAUAAAGCGAUUCAAUGCGUUAGUUUUGUACAGUAUUUAUUUUCUCGGCCGGCAGCCCGGUUAGCAUCUUUGUUGGAAGUUGAGGCCUCAGCUGCCGCUGCUAGAUCUGAACAAUAGCUGCAACACUCCGCUCUUAUCUCCCCUUUUAACUCAUUCCAAGGAGGCAUUUUAGGAGCCAACGAAAGAAACGAGUAUGGGAGAUAAACCGUUUUCAGUUCUGUUCCGCUAGUGGGUCAUUUGUGAUGUGGAUGGACUUUUAAUUUCACUAAAACUCAUACGGGAUUUGCGAGCUGCAUCAUAAACACAUUAAGGACCACAAAGGAAGAUGUCCAACGGAGCUGCGGGGAGCGGAGCAGUGGGCUGGAUGGAGGCUACCAAUGGCAGAAGUGAUGUGGGAAAGAUGGAAGGGGGCAAAAAAGAGAAAGCAGGCUCCAAGUUGUCCGUGGAGCGGGUGUACCAGAAGAAGACCCCACUUGAACAUAUCCUUCUCCGUCCAGACACCUACAUUGGUUCAGUGGAGCCCGUCACUCAGCCAAUGUGGGUCUUUGACGAAGACAUAGGAAUGAACCAGAGGGAAAUUACCUAUGUUCCCGGAUUGUAUAAGAUCUUUGAUGAAAUUCUGGUCAAUGCGGCUGACAACAAACAAAGGGACAAGAACAUGAGUGCCAUCAAGGUCACCAUCGACCCUGAAUCUAAUACCAUUUCAAUCUGGAACAAUGGGAAAGGAAUUCCUGUGGUUGAGCAUAAGGAUGAGAAGAUGUACGUUCCAGCUCUCAUCUUCGGCCAUCUGCUCACCUCCAGCAACUACGACGAUGACGAGAAGAAGGUCACGGGUGGGAGAAAUGGGUAUGGUGCUAAACUUUGCAACAUAUUCAGUACCAAGUUCACGGUGGAAACUGCCUGCAAAGAGUAUAGACACAGUUUCAAACAGACAUGGCAGAACAACAUGAGCAAGACAUCUGACCCCAAGAUCAAAUUCUUUGAUGGGGAUGACUUCACCUGCGUGACGUUCCAGCCAGACCUAACCAAGUUCAAGAUGGAGAAGUUGGACAAGGACAUCGUUGCCCUCCUGACCCGCAGAGCAUAUGAUAUAGCUGGCUCCUGCAGGGGGGUCAAAGUGUCAUUGAAUGGCAAAAAACUACCUGUUACUGGGUUCCGGAGCUAUGUGGAUUUGUAUGUGAAGGACAAACUGGACGAGACGGGUGUGGCUCUGAAGGUGGUGAAUGAAAUAGUGAACGACCGGUGGGAAGUUUGUCUCACCAUGAGUGAGAAAGGCUUCCAGCAGAUCAGCUUUGCCAACAGCAUCGCUACCACAAAGGGCGGCAGACACAUCGACUAUGUGGUGGACCAAAUUGUGGCCAAACUUAUUGAAGUUGUAAAAAAAAAGAACAAAGCAGGGGUUACUGUGAAACCCUUCCAGGUGAAGAACCAUAUUUGGGUUUUUGUAAAUGCACUGAUUGAAAAUCCAACAUUUGACUCCCAGACCAAGGAGAACAUGACACUCCAGACCAAGAACUUCGGGUCCAAGUGCCCCCUGUCAGACAAGUUUGUCAGGGCUGCAACAAACUGUGGGAUUGUGGAGAGUAUACUCAACUGGGUGAAGUUCAAAGCUCAGACACAGCUGAACAAGAAGUGCUCUUCUGUUAAACACAGCAAGAUCAAAGGCAUCCCAAAGCUGGAUGAUGCCAACGACGCUGGUGGCAAACACUCCUCAGAAUGCACACUUAUCCUCACUGAGGGAGACUCAGCCAAGUCUCUAGCCGUCUCUGGACUUGGAGUCAUUGGCCGUGAUCGUUUUGGAGUGUUCCCACUGAGAGGCAAGAUCCUGAAUGUACGGGAAGCAACGCACAAGCAGAUCAUGGAAAAUGCAGAAAUUAACAACAUUAUCAAAAUCGUCGGCCUCCAGUACAAGAAGAGCUAUGACGACGCAGAGUCUCUGAGGAGCCUGCGUUACGGCAGGAUCAUGAUCAUGACGGAUCAGGAUCAAGAUGGCUCCCACAUCAAAGGUCUGCUCAUCAACUUCUUCCACCACAACUGGCCCUCGCUGCUGAAACACACAUUCCUGGAGCAGUUCAUCACUCCUAUUGUGAAAGCAACCAAGAACAAACAGGAACUCGCCUUCUACAGCCUUCCGGAGUUCGAGGAGUGGAAAAAACACACGGAAAAUUUUAAGACCUGGCAUAUAAAGUAUUACAAAGGUUUGGGUACAAGUACAAGCAAAGAGGCAAAGGAUUACUUCUCUGACAUGGAGAGGCAUCGAAUCACAUUCAAAUACAGUGGUGCUGAGGAUGAUGCUGCCAUCACUCUGGCCUUCAGUAAGAAGAAGACGGAUGACCGGAAGGAGUGGCUGACUAACUUCAUGGAGGACAGACGUCAGAGGAGGAUGCACGGCCUGCCAGAGCAAUAUCUAUACGGAACUCAAGCUAAGGAUCUGUCCUACAAUGACUUCAUCAACAAAGAGCUCAUCCUGUUCUCCAACUCUGACAACGAGAGAUCCAUCCCAUCCUUGGUUGAUGGUUUGAAGCCAGGUCAGAGGAAAGUGUUUUUUACCUGCGUGAAGAGGAACGACAAGAGGGAAGUGAAAGUAGCACAGCUGGCUGGUUCUGUGGCAGAAAUGUCCGCCUACCAUCACGGAGAGCAAGCACUCAUGAUGACUAUCGUGAAUUUGGCCCAGAACUUUGUGGGCAGCAACAACAUUAACAUCCUGCAGCCUCUGGGUCAGUUUGGUACUCGCAUCAACGGAGGCAAGGAUGCUGCCAGCCCUCGUUACAUCUUCACCAUGCUCAGUCCCCUUGCCAAGCUGCUGUUCCCAGCAGUGGACUCCAACCUGCUCAAGUUCCUGUACGACGACAACCAGAAGGUGGAGCCAGAGUGGUACAUCCCCAUCAUCCCCAUGGUGCUGGUGAACGGAGCGGAGGGAAUCGGGACGGGUUGGGCCUGCAAGAUCCCCAACUACGACACCAGAGAGAUCGUUAACAACAUCAACAGACUGCUCAACCACCAGGACCCCUUGCCCAUGCUGCCCAGAUACAAGAACUUCAAAGGGGUGAUCAAUGAAGUGGGUCAGAACCAGUUCCUGGUCAGUGGUGAAGUGUUGGUCAUAGACAAAAACACCAUCGAGAUCACAGAGCUUCCUGUGCGGACAUGGACACAGGCCUAUAAGGAGUCUGUCCUAGAGCCUAUGCUGCAAGGCAGUGAUAAGACACCAGCUCUCAUCAAUGACUAUAAGGAAUACCACACAGAUACUACAGUAAAAUUUGUGGUUCGCAUGUCUGAGGAGAAGCUGGCGCAGGCAGAGGCAGUCGGCCUCCACAAAGUCUUCAAACUGCAGUCCAGCCUGACCUGCAACUCCAUGGUGCUGUUUGACCACAUGGGUUGUCUAAAGCGGUAUGAUUCAGUUCAAGACAUCCUCAAGGAGUUCUUUGAGCUCCGCCUGCACUACUACAAACUAAGGAAAGAUUGGUUAGUGGGAAGUCUUGGAGCUGAUGCCGCCAAACUCUCCAACCAGGCUCGCUUUGUCCUGGAGAAGAUCGAAGGAAAAGUUACAAUCGAGAACAAAUCCAAGCGUGAACUCAUCCGCAUGUUAGUGCAGAAAGGCUAUGAAUCAGACCCAGUUGCUGCUUGGGUCAAGGCCCAGGAGAAGGCUCAAGAAGAAGAUUACCCUGACGGCAAUGACAGCGAUGGCUCGGUGGAUUCUGGCUCCACAUCAGGGCCAAACUUCAACUACAUUCUCAACAUGCCUCUGUGGUGCUUGACUAAAGAAAAGGUUGAAGAGCUACUAAAACAAAGGGACCUAAAGAGAAGUGAGCUUAAUGAUCUGCAGAAGAAAUCAUCAGAGGAUCUGUGGAAGGAUGACUUGGCAGUUUUUGUGGAAGAGCUGGAUAAUGUGGAAACUCAAGAGAGGGAGGAGCAGAGUUUAGGGAGGGCCAUCAAGCUGGUGAAGGGUAAAGUGGGUAAACCAAAAGUGAAGAAGUUGAACCUGGAGGAGACCAUGCCUUCACCUUGGGGACGCAGGAUCGAGCCUCCAUCUCAGCCAAUAAAAUCAGACGCAGCCAAGAAACUGACCAAAAAGAAAAAGACUGACUCGGACACGGCGGUGAAGCUGGAGUUUGAUGACGAUGGUUUAGGUGGUGAGACAGAAGCUGGAGAAAACUCUGUAGCCAAGCCAAAAGCUCCACGCGUCAAGAAGGAAAAGAGAGAGCCUGGAGCUCCUAGAGUGAGAAAACCACCCGCACCCAAGGGUGCUUCUGCUAAGAAGGUGAAGAAGAGAAACCCCUGGUCUGAUGACGAGUCCAAGUCGGAAAGUGACUUGGAGAACAGUGAAACCGUUAUUCCCAGAGAGACCAAGUCCCAGAGGGCAUCAGCUUCCAAGCCAAAAUACACGUUUGACUUCUCGGAGGAGGAAGAGGGGGAAGAGGAGGCAGACGACGAGGAGAAUGGAGAUGAUGACGACGUGAUUUCAGUGAGGUCACUGAAAGAUGACUUCAGCUUCUCUCACGCCAAGGACCGUAGCUACGAUGAGCAGAACGACAACGAGGACGAGGACGAGGACAACGAAGACUCCGUCCCUCCACCCAAACAGAAGCCUGUGUCUGCACCCGUAUCGAAAAAGAGAGAGAUAACCAGCACGUUCUCAUCCAAGUCAGUCUUCUCUGAAAAGAGCAAUGACAGUGACGGGUCCAAGUCUGGCAGCGAUGAUAACGGCCCCAUGUUCUCCACUAAUACCAGCAGCUCGGCUUUUGACAAACCACCAACGGCAAAGAAAGCGGCUAAGAAGCCCUCAGAUGCAGCUCCCAAACCUAAGAAACCACCAGCACCAAAAGCAAAGAAACCAGAUAAAUCCAUCUGGGACUCUGACUCUGACACCGGGUCCAAGAAGCCUACACCAGCUCUCAAAGGCAAAGGCCGGGGGAGGAAGAGGAAGAGCUCUUCUGCAUCUGAAGACGAGUACAGUCCAAUGAAAAAAGCACCCAAACCUCCUUCUGCUAAAAAGCCUCAGAAACCCCCGUCCGAUGAUGAGGAGGAGGAGGAGGAGGACGACGGCAACAGCCUCAGCGCUAAGGGCGCUGCCUCCCGCGACCGGCCCGGCCGCGCCCGGAAGGAGGUCAAGUACUUCAACGAAACGGAUAACGAGGAGGAGGAGGAAGACGACGACGACAUGUUUGAUUGAAGCAAGCCUUGGUCACAUUUAAAUACACUUCACUUGUAUGGAAGUUUCCCUUCUCCUGUGUCCCCCGACUUUUGUACAUUUAUUGUUCAUUUUUCUUUUCAUUAAUGGUGAUGUUUAAUGAUUUUUAAUGUGUAGGUGUUUUACACUUUUUCUUAUACAUAUACAAGUUUGUUUUUUUAAUGCUCAUUGAAAUGUUACGUAUUUGUCCAAAGCAGCUUUUAGAGAGUUAGAGCGUUGUUCUUUAGCACAUUUUAAUUGUUAAGAUACUAUGUAACUUUUUGAACAUGAAGUUGAAAGUAAACUAUGAAAUGUCCAACGGUGUUCUGGUCUGA